UAAAAAUGUCUUCCCUAAAACUACACAAUGCACCUUGAAAGAUGGUCCUAUUUUUUUUUUAAUUAACUUUACUGAAACAAACAAUCAAAUAUACACAUAUCAGACAUGUGAUAUAAUAGAACAGAAAAAUAAGACAUGGCUGCAAACUGAAUCUGCUAGAGGUAGUUAAGGUAAAAUAGUAAAAAGGUUAAAUCAUGUAAAAAUUGCUUAUGACUGUUUUCACUCUGAAUCGUCCUCAAACAUAUUCUCCAACCUGACAAUCAUAUCUAUAUUAUGUGCUGAUUCUUCACUGAAAUACUGGUUUAUACUGACGUGAGCGUGUGUUUUGUUAUUUGUUAACAUUUUAUUUUCCUUUUCUUAAAAAUAUAUAUCUAUAACUUCCUUGAAGUGAAUUGUACAGUACACUGCCUGGACGUGUGUGUUGACUGGGCGCACAGACAGCGCUCGUACAGACGAGAAGGGGGUUUUUCAUGUUAGUGGUUUGUUGGUUGGGGGAGGGGUUUUACAAACAGAGCAGGCAGGAAGAGAGACCUGCGCGCUAACAUUUACACAUAGCUGAAGACAUAACAGACCCCUGUGGUGCGGGGGGCUCUGCUCCUCCAGGAGGCUGUCAUUACAAUUAAAUAAGCAUUAAUGACAACAAAAACAGAUUCAAACCGCAGGGAAACAUCUUUUCCACAAGACAAGACCGACCCCCACCCCUCAAGAAAACCGGGGUCAAAGUUCACAGGAAGCUGGGGGGCUGCCAUUUUUCCCUGCCGCUGCUGCUACUGCUAACGUUUUAACGUUAGAUGCUAAAACGACGGGGAGGGGCGGCUGGUGUUGGAUCCUGUAGCUAGCUGGAAUCAACGGCACGAUAUCGUCCACACAAAAAUCCGUCAUUUUCUUCGACCGCGUCCGUUAACAACCAUUGUUAUUGGAUGAAUUCGGCAUGGAGAAGGUAGCGGAGCCGUCUUGGACUUCUUCGUACACCUACCAGGUGAGCAAGCACAGUGCGGAGAUGCUACACAACCUCAACAUUCAGAGGAAAGAUGGAGGCAGGUUCUGCGAUGUGAUAUUACGCGUCGGCGAGGAGAGCUUCCCUGCUCACAAAGCUGUGCUGGCGGCGUGCAGCGAGUAUUUCGAGUCCGUCUUCAGUCGCCAGACGGAAGGGGACGGCGACGCCAAGGAGCUGGAGAUGCACACCAUCAGCCCGAAAGUUUUUAAAGACGUUUUGGACUUCGCUUACACCUCCAGGAUUGUGGUGCGACUGGAGUGCUUCCCGGAGUUGAUGACAGCUGCCAAGUUUCUGCUGAUGCGGUCGGUCAUUGAGAUAUGUCAGGAGGUGAUCAAACAGUCCAAUGUGCAGAUCCUCGUCCCGACCUCCCGCGGGGGUGACGCAAGCCUUUUCCAGGCCACGGGGACCACGGAGCUGGGUUUCCCGGUGGCACAGCAGCAGGAUCUGGUAAACGGAACGGGAAUGUUGGUGAACGGCCAGAGCUUCGGUAACAAUGCACAGAUGCAUGUGGAGAGGAGCGAAGACACCGCCGUCGUGUUGCUAGAGGACGGCGGCGAGUCUUCGGUGCCGAUGCUGGAGCCUGUGGAAGGACUGCCCGUGUCCCCAUCAACGGAAAUGCCGGGGAACGCGUUCCAGCACGACGCUGGCUCCCCCGGGUCGAAAAGGAACAGAGGGAGACCAAAGAAACCUGGCGGGCCGGUGGAGGCUGUACCAUUUAAUCACAGCACGCAGAAAGACAAUGGGCUGUUUCCUUGCGGGACGUGCGGGAAAGCUUUUACAGAGGCUUCUCGCUUGAAGAAUCACGAAGCGCAGCACGGAGCCCACACCGGCGGUGUAAACAACAACGUCGGUGACAGCGUGACAGCGGCGGGAGGCAUGGCGGGCAUGUCUCAGCCCGGUCUGAUGGAAAACGGCGUGCAAGUACACGGGGGGCUGACUAUGGACAACGGCCGCAAAAGGGAGAGGACCCGGCGGCAUGUUGGCUGUGACAUUUGCGGUAAAGUUUUCCGCGACGUGUACCACCUGAACCGACACAAGCUGUCCCACUCCGGGGAGAAGCCGUAUGCGUGCCAUGUGUGCGGGCUCCGGUUCAAACGCAAGGACAGGAUGUCAUACCAUGUGCGGUCCCAUGACGGGUCUGUCGGCAAACCUUAUGUGUGCCAAAGCUGCGGUAAAGGGUUUUCAAGACCAGACCACCUGAAUGGACAUAUCAAACAGGUUCACACAACAGAGAGACCCCACAAGUGCCAGAUUUGUAAUGCCUCAUUUGCCACAAGAGAUCGCCUCCGGUCGCACCUCGCAUGCCAUGAGGACAAAAUCCCCUGCAAAGUUUGUGGCAAGUUCCUGCGCGCUGCCUACAUGACAGACCAUCUCAAGAAACACAGUGAAGGAACACAUAACUACUGUGGCAUUUGCAACAAAGGUUUCUCCACUGCGUCCUACCUUAAGGUGCAUAUAAAGACACACCAUGGCUCUCCACUGCCCCCCUCUGCCACAAUGCACACCUUCCCUGAACCAAGGGGGGAACUGCAGAUGCACAACGGCAACCCUUACCACAUGGGACGCCAGUGCUCAUUGGAAGAAAUGUGCGCCAGUCGCCAGCUGCUUCUCACCUCGUCUGAGGCAGAGGGUCGCUUUCAUGGGCUCUCUGGACACCCAGUUCUUCCCCAGCCCGGCCCUCCAGCCUUGGGCCUGCAGCCUGAGCUGCUCAUGGGGAAGGCAGGUGGGGCUCCAUAUUUCUGGGAGUGUCGCUCUAGCGGGUUGCCUGGCUUCCCUGUCCAUGGGCCUGUCGCAGACGGGCAGGAAAACACUGGAAAAUGUCCUCACCUGGAAUCAGAAGAAUCAGAUCCUUCAUUUGGGGAGUUGUCCAAUGGCGAUGAGCUUAAGUCCCCACACAAACCUGAUGGGCCGGAGCUCGAGAUGCCCUCUUUAGCCUGCAACGGAGCCUCUGCGGGGACCAUGGCGUCUCCUGAAGGAUCUAAAGCCAAGACGGACCCUGAGAAGAAGUUCACCUGUGGCAUCUGUGGCCAGGCCUUCCGCACCAAGUCCUACCUCAACAAGCACCAGCACAGAGUUCACAAAGCCCAGAAGGCUCAGGGGGUUUCGGGGUCGGGCUUAAAUGAGCUGGCCCCCUCCCUGACCUCUCCCUUCUCCCCUCAACAAAACAUGUCUCUGCUUGAGUCAUUUGGCUUUCAGAUAGUCCAGUCUGCGUUUGCCUCUUCACUGGUGGACGCUGAGGCAGGUCAGAGUGGAAUCGACUUUGGUGGAAAGUGACACAUUUGCUUAAGUUCUUGCAAAGCCUCUGAUUCUUAGGAUAAAGCCGGGUUGCCCACAGAAGAUGCUCUGUAUUUGGGAAUAACUUUGCCUCAAGACUACUUUUUCCGUUGGUGACAUUGCUUAAUGUGUAUCCAAUAUAUUUUGUCACAGACUGCCAUGCGAUUCCUACUUUUUCUACUUUUUCAGAGUAUGAAAAAUGCGUGUACGGUAUUAAAUUUUCUUUAUAAAGAAACGACAUGAAGGUUUUAUGUCCUUUUCCUGAUGUGGAUCUGUUGAAGUUAUGUUCGGUAUGCUCCCAUUAGUUUUUUUUGGCUUGUGUGUUAUUGAGCUUUCUUAGCUGCACAAAUGUUUCUUGACAUGAGUUGAAUUAUUUACUGCAACCUUAAAACAAGUAAUUGCUUAUUGUCUAUCCGUGAAUUCUGUAUUUAUGUUGUUUCUCUGCGUCUUUUUAAGAAGGAUUUUGUUUUUCUUAAGGACAGGGAUUUAAAUUGGCCUCAGUUUUGAUAGCAGGUUUUCUUUGAAUCUGUAAAUUAUUCCAAGAAGCAUUCCUAACAGGCCCAAGGCUUAUUUCAUGGCAAAUUUACUAGAAGCAGUUUUCUUCAGCUUCAUACACCGUGUUUUCUGCCCUCUGAGUAGCGCUGGUAACUGUCAAGGACCUUAAUGAAUUACUAUUGACAGGACAACAGUGUUGAAGCACUUUUGAAAUGUGUAUUGAUAAAACUUAAUUUUCAAUUCUUACAGCAUCCACACAAAGCCCACCUGGCACCGCAAAAAUAGAAAAUGAUUAAGCUACCUCAGAGAAGAAAAUGACACCAUAGUGUUUUGUGUGUCAUCAUUAGAUGUAAAGAAAAAGGAGAAAAGAAAAAUCAUGAAUGAAACCACCACCACUCGACUUGGCAGUAAUUAGGAAUACCUACAGAAAAAACAACUGUAUUUUAAGUUCCAGUAGCACCUCAGCUUUCUCAUUUUGAAGUUGGUUUUGUUUAGGGCCCGAGCACUACUUGAUUUUCGGGGGCCAGUACCAAUACUGUGGAGUCAAAAAGUGCCCCUAUCAAUAUAUUGGCUGAUUUACACUUCUUUUUUUUUCUUCUUUUUUUUUUGCAAUGAGCCGUCAAAUGUGGUUAUCAAGCAUUCAGUUAUUCGUCAAAAAACAUUUGGUGAACAGUGUAGCUCAUCAACAUUGCCAGGAAGGAUAGGAUAUGAGUGGACAUGAAAUAUAGAAAUAUAAAAAUCCAAUGGCUGUGGGGCUUUAAGGAAUGUAACUAUUCACCGUUAACCUGAGCGGGUGUGAAGUAUGAAGACUGCUGCUGUAAAUGAAGCAGAUCUGCUGGCAUCUCAUUUGGAUGUUUUUUGAUUUGAUGAUUUCUUGUUAAAUGAAGUAUUCAUACGUGAAAUUGUAGAAGUAAGGAGAGCAAAGCCAUUAUUAGCGUGAUCGAUACUGCAUACAGUCAUACCUUGUUUUUUUUUUUUUUUUUUUAGAAAAUACGUUUUCCUCGGAUAAAAUGCCUUGAAACUGUACAGUUCGUCCUGAGACGGGGCUUGAGCUUGUUAGGAAUGAUUUUUGUACCCUCUCCCUUACAAUGACAAGGUUUCCAGUUCUUGUUUGUUAGGGCUUAAAUCACUUGUGUACAUUAAACAGGGACCAAGGUCAGGUAUAUUUUCAGUAUAUAUUUUGAGAAAUGUAGAUUAUAUUUUAUUAACUUAUUCACGCCCUCGCUUUUGUGUACAGUUUUUUUUAAUUGUCUAAUGAAAAAUCAUGUGAUUUGUUCAUUUUGAUAAUGUUUAAAUCUAAAUUAUGUUAAAUUGAGAUGUGUGGUUAAUGUGUGUGUUGGACGAAGGAGUCACACCCUGACCCACCAACCUCUGGACCGACCAAAUGUAAUGAAACCUUUACAGAGUCUUGUACUUGCGCUCGAUUUAAUUCUCCAGUGUCUCUUUACUUGUUUUGUGUUGCUCACCUUUCAGAUCAGCUAGUGCUGUUAGUAGAUGACAUGUCUUGUGUUUGCACUAAUGGUCGCUAGGUUAAUGCACAAGCUAUCCAUUGAAUGUGUUUAAUCCAAGACAUUCCUGUGACGAGCACUUCAAAUCAAUCCGCAGCGGGAGCCUCAAAUUCACUUUUGUGCUUUGUUCUGUUUGAUUUGAAAUCUUGCGCCACUACAAUGUAGAGCUGCAAUUAAUUCCCAACUUUUUUAAUAAUCCAUUGUUUUGGCCAUUUUUCAAGCAGAAAUGUCAAACAUUUGCUGGUUUUGGCUUCUUAAAUGUAAAGACUGGCCUCUUUUCUUUGUCAUUUGUGGCAGUGAAUGAAGAGUCUUUGUGUUUUUGACUGAUGUUUGGAUAAAAAAAAAAAAGCGAUUUGAAGACGUCACUUUGGGCUCUGGGAAUUUGUAAUGACCAUUUUCAUACUUUUUGACAUUUUACAGACUAAAUUAUUAAUCGUGAAAACAAUCUGCAGUUAAUUGCUAACGGAAAUAAGUAAGUGAAAGGGUAGCUCCACCAACUUUACACAUUAUAGUGUGUAUACAGGUCUUGACUAAUGCAUAGUCUUUUGUGGCGCUAGAAGAAGCUUCAUGUAAUCUGAUGUUUUACCUUCAGUGAUGUCAUUUAGUGUCUGUAGCAUGUUGCUACCAGGUGUCAAAAAGCAGUCCACUGGUCUAGCGUUGCACUCCUGUAACACUGUUGGACGCAUGAUGGAUAAUUUCCAAGCAAAUGAUCAGAACUGAUGCAACAAAACGUUUUUAUUCCACAUAUUACAUGCAACUUCCUCUGGAGCCACAAAAUACUUUAUACUACUCUUGUAACAUGUGCAGUAGUACUCCCCCAAACCUGUAAACACACCGUCAUGUUUAAAAUUUGUGGAGUUUGCCUUACUAGUAAACUAGUAAAGCCCUACUUUAAUUAAAACUAUGGUUCUUCAGUGGUUUUACAUCUUAAAAGAAAACUCAGGAUGCUGGUGGUGUUAGAAGAUUUUAUGUGUGUGUGAAGGUCAUUUCUCUCUAAGAAAAAGAUCAAUUGUUUUAGAUCAGUGUCAGUAAGGACAGAAAAUUGGCAUCAAAACGCUCAUGACGAAGAGAGCUACUGUAAAACAACAAGUGUCCAAACGAACAUCUUGUAGUAUAUUGACUUUCUUACACUCACACAUCAGUUGAUUAACAUCUUUCUAAUAGGUCAGUGUGUCCUCUUGUGUUGUAAAACCCGAAUCAUGAUAAAAAUCAAACCUAUCCAGCAUUGAAGGGGCUUAGCUCUAUGUGUGUGUGUGUGUGUGUGUGUGUGUGUGCGCGCGCGUGCGUGCAUGCGUGCAUGUGGCUCUGUAAAAAAAAAAAAAAAACAACUUAAAAAAAGAGUAUACGUGUCUCCAUGUGCAUCUGUAUCUGUGUUUUUUCUGUUUUAGUUUUUAUUUGUGAGUAAUUCAAUCUGUUAAAUUCCGUACAUUCCUAUAUUAUUUAUGAUUAUGUUGUGAUUGUAACAAGUGUAUAUACCAUUCAUAUACACAUUCUAUAAAUAUAUAUAUAAAUAUAUAUGAACCAACCAAUAUGAUCAGUGUUUGUCAAUGGUGGUCCUGUAGAUAUAAAGAUUUUUUUUUUCUAGUCUAUCAUGUGGAGGGAUGUUAAGUUAUGGCCAUUUGAUUGGAAGUGUAAAACUGCAUGUUCUGGCCUGCGAGCCGAGCUGGGGACUGAAUGUCGAUCACUGGUUGGUGGCAGUAAUGGUUUUCGCUGUCACUCUGCUCUGGUAGCGCUCACACUGCCAGCUGCACGACUCAUGUCUUUGACCAAGUUUUUUGUCCUUUUUUGAUCCACUCUGCACUAGUAUUUACUUCUUUAAAAGGUAAUAAGGGUUGUUUUUGUUAUUGAUGCUGUAAGGAAGUGCCGUUCUUUUUUUGUUUAUUUUUCCUCACUGGGAUGUAUGAUUUUUGUUUUCACUUCGUGUUGGUACUCCAGUGUAAAAAAAAAAAAAAAAAAAAGAAAAAGAAGAUUUUCAAGGAUUAUUUAAGCCUAAAUGUUUUUGCUUUGUGCUUUGGUCUGUUGCAAAGUGCCUUCCAAAUACUGAUUGUGCACAGCAGUGGAUUAAAAAAGGUCCUCUUUUCUAAAGGUUAGGAAUUGUACAGAGUGACUCGCAUUGACACUUUUGUAUAAAAACACACACACAGAAAAUGUACAAUAUGUUAACUUGGUAUUUUAUCAUCGUACUCAACAAGAUUGCUCUUAAAACAUGUGGGCUACAUGUUUUGUUAUAACAUCUUUGGACUUAUUUCAAUAUAAGCAUACUUUUCUAUAGAUAUUUGUUUUUGUACUCUGUUAUUGAGUCUCAUCUCUCUUGUUGGUACAGAGAUGAGUGUCAAAUAAAUUGCAAUUGAAAAAGCU